UAGCUCCACCGACGUGUUGACGCCCUGCGAAAAGCCUUGCCUUGUGUCUGUGUGUCAAUGGGAGGGAAGAGCGUGGGAGAGGGUCCCAAGUGUCUGCCCCCGCCCCUCCACCCUACCGAGGGGAGAAGAAAGUGGCUGUGGCCAGACCAUGAGGGAGUAUAAAGUGGUGGUGCUGGGCAGCGGAGGGGUAGGCAAGUCAGCCUUGACCGUGCAAUUUGUCACCGGCUCCUUCAUCGAGAAAUACGACCCGACCAUCGAGGACUUCUACAGGAAGGAGAUCGAGGUGGACUCGUCGCCCUCGGUGCUGGAGAUCCUGGACACGGCAGGCACCGAGCAGUUCGCCUCCAUGCGAGACCUGUACAUCAAGAACGGCCAGGGCUUCAUCCUGGUCUACAGCCUGGUCAACCAGCAGUCUUUCCAGGACAUCCGACCCAUGCGGGACCAGAUCAUCCGGGUGAAGCGCUACGAGAGAGUGCCCAUGCUGCUGGUGGGCAACAAAGUGGACCUGGAAGGGGAGCGGGAGGUCUCCUUCGGCGAGGGUAAAGCUCUAGCCGACGAGUGGAGCUGCCCUUUCAUGGAGACCUCGGCCAAAAAUAAAACCUCCGUGGACGAACUGUUUGCAGAGAUCGUCAGGCAAAUGAACUAUGUGGCUCAGCCCAAUGGGGAUGAUCAUUGUUGCUCGUCCUGUGUUGUUCUGUGAUAGAUUUCUAUAUAAAUAUAUAUUACACGUUAUUAAAAAAAGGCACAGAGUUUCUAUGCAAAGUUGGAAAUAUGGAUAUUUGAGAUCCCAUCUCUUGUGGCACCAACCUGAACUUUGGAGACACUGUAACAGAUGCCACACUAUUUGAAUCCGAGCUCCAUCUUACUGCUGUUUUAUUCAUGGGGUGUUUGGGGGUUGUGGGGAAAGCAAAGUACAUCUAUUUUUUGUUGAACUGCUGUGACUUAAUUUUUCCUCCCCUUCCCCUUUUUCUUUAGUCCCUCUCUACCAUACACUUUAACCUCUUCUUUCUCCCUCUCCCCCACCCCCACCCCCACCCCGUUGAAAGAAAAGGGGAAAGGUAGGGCAAAUAUAUUUAACAUAAAAUGCGACUAUGGUUAUUUUUUUGAACUGUGUGCUGUGAAUGUGACAACUGUGGACUUGUACAAACAAGGGAGGGGAGAGAAGAAAAAUGAAUGGACAUCUAGUGAGCCCAGGAGGGUGCAGAUAAUUACUGUGCUGUGGUCCAAAAACUGGCUGAUCACAGGCCACCAAUCACCCUUGUGUCUAGUGCCUUUGAGAUUCCACUGUCGAUGCAGUAUGUGCCAAUCUGUGAAAGCCUCCAUGCCAUCCCAUGAGCUGCCGGCGCACAAAACAAAAGUACUUCAACUUUCCUUCGAAUGAUCCCAAUUAAAGCAUGGCAAGACUGAAAAGAGCCUCUCUUGAUGGAAUCUACACAGAAUUUUUUUUCCCCAAUGUUUUCCUGGCUUUGCCUACAUCGCAGGUUGUUAGGAAACCUAGCUUUCCUUUUUUUUGUCAAUUUCUCCUCCGCUGUUGUUUCCAAAAGAACAAUAUCAUCCCUCACUUUGUGAUUCCGUAUAUUAAUCUAAUCUCACUCUUUUUCUCCAGGCCAACACUGACCAAGAUGGGAGGGCAACUGGGAAGGAGGGAGGGAAAGAAGGAAGGAUGGGAGGGGGGGGGGGGGACAUCUUAGUCUGGCACACCAAGGAAUUCUAACAUCCUCUGUAUGUUACAAAUCCAGACAUGCAUUUAACAGCUGUGUCUGUUCUGAGACUUUUAAUACAAAGUGCAUUUUUAUAUAAAAGAAACAAAACUA